AUGCGCAGUACAGCUUCACAUGGUGGUAUCGCGAGCCUGCGCCCUGCCGUCCUCGGCAUGGCGCGGGUCAUCGGUCUGGGCCUCUCGUCCGUGGCCGCCGCGCCUUUGCAGAAGUCGCCGCAUCAUGGUGAAGACGAGGCUGCCGGUACGCCUCUCUGGGUGCUCUGCGUCGCCUCCAUGGCCCUCGUCCUUCUCGGCGGUGCCUUUGCUGGUCUAACAAUUGCUUUAAUGGGCCAAGACAGCAUCUAUCUCCAGGUGCUCUCUGGCGAUCCCGAAGAACCCCAACAUAAGAAUGCCAAGCGCGUCCUCGCUCUCCUCCACAAGGGCAAGCAUUGGGUCCUCGUCACCCUGCUCCUCGCCAACGUCAUUGUCAACGAAUCCCUCCCCGUUGUCCUCGAUCGUACGCUCGGUGGUGGUGUUGCCGCCGUCGUCGGUAGCACUGUGCUCAUUGUCAUCUUUGGCGAAAUCGUUCCUCAAUCUAUCUGCGUCCGCUACGGCCUGCCCAUCGGCGGCUACAUGUCGAAACCCGUCAUCGCCCUCAUGUACUUUCUCAGCCCCGUCGCCUGGCCCACGGCCAAGCUGCUCGACUGGAUCCUCGGCGAGCACCACGGCACCGUCUACAAGAAGAGCGGCCUCAAGACCCUCGUCACCCUGCACAAGUCACUCGGCGACCUCUCGGAGCGCCUCAACCAGGACGAGGUCACCAUCAUCACUGCCGUCCUCGACCUCAAGGACAAGCCCGUCUCCGAGGUCAUGACCCCCAUGGAGGACGUCUACACCCUCUCCGAGGACCACAUUCUCGACGAAAAGACCAUGGACAAUAUUCUCUCUUCUGGCUACUCGCGUAUUCCCAUUUACCGCUCUGGUCAGCCCACCGACUUUGUCGGCAUGCUCCUCGUCAAGACCCUUAUCACCUACGACCCCGAGGACAAAAUUCCCGUCCGCGAAGUGCCUCUCGGUGCCAUUGUCGAGACUCGCCCCGAAACAAGCUGUCUCGACAUUAUCAACUUUUUCCAAGAGGGCAAAUCGCAUCUUGUCCUGGUCUCUGAGAACCCUGGCUCUGAUCACGGCGCCAUCGGUGUCGUCACGCUUGAGGAUGUCAUUGAAGAGCUGAUUGGAGAGGAAAUUGUCGACGAAUCCGAUGUCUACAUUGACGUUCACAAGGCCAUCCGACGCCUGACACCCGCUCCUCGCGCUCGCUGUGGGCACGUCGACGUCGCCGCCGCCGCCGGUCACGCCGGCACCGCCAUCGCCGCGAAGAAGACCUCAGACGACACGACUCUAAUAGGAUCCGAAGAAAUCGGUGACGGGUCCACGCUCAAGGUUGGCUCUCUCGGCGCCCUUAGCGACGGCGGGGACGGCCGCUACAGCCCCAAGGUUGCGGUGCUCAUGAAGCGACGCGGUUCUGUCGGCCCCGACGGCCGCCUCGAAGCACCCAUUGCCGUCAAGACGUCGCUCAAGGAGAUGAAAUCGUCGCAGCUGCGCCUCGGUCCGGCCAACCGCGCCGCCCACCCGCGCAGCAACACCCGCAACGUCUUCAAGAUCAAGCAGGGCCUCACCCCACAGCGCAUCACCACCCUCAAGGCCGACGCCGCCGUUCCCGCCGCCAUCAAUGGCAAUACUUCCCCCUCGUCGUACAGCAUUGUCUCGGCGCUGCACGCGGACCUUGACCACCACUUUGAGGCGUUGCCUGUGGCCGCCGCACACGAUGAGGAGGAGCAGGAGCAGCAGGACGAGGAGCAGCAGCAGCAGCAGCAGCAGCAGCCCGACGAUGAGACGACGCCUCUAUUGAACUCGGAUGUCAAUGGCGCGGAAACGAUAAAGCCGUACGGAGCCAGUGGCAACUCAAAAAGUAAAAAGAGCAAAAAGGGCAAGAAGAAGUAA